AUGGAGGCCUUCCCAAGCCAAUCCGAGCACACCAGCUUCAUCACCGUCCUCGACAAGGUCAACCCCCACAAGGAAUCGACUCUAAAACCCUCGCAGCUCCCCCACCGAGCUCAUCGUCUCCGACGGCCGGAGGUGUCGAUUCCGGCGACUCAGGCCAUCUCCGACCUCGCCGUCACGCCCUACGUCCUCAUGGUCAGCAUGGAUGGAAAAUGGUACGGCAAUGUGCAUGAUGAGCUCGACCUCACCAUCCCAAGCGACGACAAAGACUCGUUUUGGGACAGUGUGUCCAUCGAUGAUGAUGAUGAUGAUGUAGAAGACCCUACGGAUGAAGACUAUACUUGUGCCUCGAGUUCUAGGAACAAGAGGAAGUGGAGGGCAAGCAAGCAUUCACAUCGUCAUAGCAGAGACCAGAUUCAACAGCUUGAAGCCACGUUCCUGGAAUGCCCCCACCCUGAUGAGAACAUGCGUUUGGCCCUUGCGGAGAAGCUUGGCUUGACUGUUCACCAGGUCAAGUUCUGGUUCCAAAACCGGCGCACGGCAAAGAAGAACCAGCAUGGCAAGGAGAAUAAUAAGAUGCUCCGGGAAGAGAACGAGGCGCUACAAGCUGAGCAUGAAGCCAUCAAUGCAGCGUUGCUAAAGAAGAUCUGCCCCACUUGUGGAGGCCCAAUGGUGCCCCGUAAGGUGAGCCCGGAGAUCCAGCGGCUGCUCCAAGAGAACGUGAAGCUCCAGGAAGAGAUGUUACAUGUGAGGGAAGUUCUCGAAGCCUCCCGAAAGGCAAAGAAGCCCAUGCCCGGCAGCUACAGCCAACUCGCAGCCGAUCUCGACAUCAACGACAGUGCCAGCAGCACGUCGGUGAUGAACGCUGCUCUGCCACCGCCCCAACACCAUGCUCACAUGCACCCUAUGGGGCAGGGUUGCGUGCGUGAUCACAGCGGCACCAGAGCCAGUGUGCUGCCCACCGCGCUUAUCUGGCGACUGCUCGAUGCACGGGACGAGUUCAGGAUGAUGGUGAAGAAGGACGGCAUCAUGUGGCUUCCGACGCUGGACGGCGACGUUCUCGACUACCCGAGGUAUCACCGAACCACGUUUCCAGGUAUACUCGGGCAAUGCCCACCGGGUUUCGGCGCGAAUGGCACCCGUGACAGUGGUCUUGUUAAGGGCACUGGACCCGAGCUUGUCCACAUCCUUACUGACGUGACCCGCUUCUGUGUGGCGUUUCCUGGUCUCGUGGGGAGUGUUACCUCCAAAAACAUCCUGCCCACUAAUGCCAACCAUGGAUGA